AUGUCGAACUUGAUCGCCAGUGUGUACAAUUUUCUAACCGCGCCAGGCACCUUGUACGGUAAUCGCUUUCUGCCUUUCCAUGGCGCCCUACUGCCAUAUCUACUUGCCGAUAUUUUGUAUGUGCUGCUGGUAUUCAAGAUCGGUCCGUGGUACAUGAAAAAUCGUCCACCAUACAAGCUUCAAAAUGUGAUGCGAUACUAUAAUAUAGGACAAAUCAUUUAUAAUGCUUAUUUCUCCUACGUGGCCUUUUACUUGUAUGUUUAUAAACGUCCAACGCCCAUCACGUGUAUAACCAUAUUACCCACAAAUCAUCCCCUCAAGGACAUCGAAGGCAUCAUUGGCGCGCUCUAUGUUGUUAAUAAAUUUACAGAUUACUUUGAUACAAUAGUUUUUGUACUCCGCAAGAGUUACAAACAAAUCACCUUCCUGCAUGUUUAUCAUCACAUCAUGAUGACAACUUUGAGUUUGCUGUUUAUAAGGUAUACUGGCGGUGGUGGGCAUGCAUCCAUGGUUGGUAUUCUGAACACCUGCGUGCAUGUAUUCAUGUAUACAUACUACCUGAUGAGUGCGACGAGACCGGAAAUGAAGAAAUCACUUUGGUGGAAGAAAUAUGUGACCAGACUGCAGCUUGUACAAUUCGUCCUGAUACUCGUACAUCAGCUGUGGCCAUUGGUGAUUCAACGGGAUUGCGAGUAUCCAAAGUUGCUUUGCUUGUGUACGAGCCUGCAAGCCAUCCUGAUGCUUUAUUUAUUUGGUAGUUUUUACAUUAAAACAUAUAUACGAAGACCUGAAGAGAAAGUACGCUAA